CCCCGGUUCCUUAUACAUCGCGAACGAACCAACUGGCACAACGGGCAAUCCUAGUUCAUUCAGACCCCCCAGGAGAAGAAGCUGCCAAGCUCGGUUCGUAUCACUUGCUCCACAUCGAGCUGGGAAACGACGAACGCAGCUUGAAGGACCAGUUCGACAGAGCAGCAGGGUCGCAGGGCGGUACAUAUCGAGCCAAGAGAACUAAUCUGAAUGGGCGAAGAAGCACGGCAUCCUCGCUCACGUGAAGGAGGCCGUCCACGCCGCAGGAUCAGCAGCCGGACAUGGAAAUCCUGCCGAUCCAUGCGGUCCGUGUGGCGAAUCACGAGUAGUUCCCGUCCAAGCCCUGGUCGGCUUGCGGCCACGUCGACUUGAAAUUAUGAUGAGUGCUGUUCACUCAACGAGCUCGACCCUCUUCAAACGCCCUUCCCAACUCAUAUCAUGACGAACGCGAGCUAGACGCCAGUGUUGAAAGCACCCAAAUAGCGCAUAUAAGCACCAUCUACCUGCAUUAGUUGCGCCCGUGUGAUAUUUCCCGCCUACUACCUCCGCUCAAGCUAAGCAGGUUGGUGUUGCAGGAAGACUGUGAUGGACAUGAUCUUCCGGUUGGCGCCCAUAUGAACAUGCUGGAAGAGCUGGAGGAGCUCGCACUCACAGGCACGAACGGCUCUGAUCGCAAACAUUGCGAAAUCGAUCAAUUCAUGGCUUUCGUUCCAAAGACGUCACACCUCCGAGUUCUACAACUAUCUCUGCAUCUGCCGACCCGGAGCCAUGGGACCUUCACGUUGAACACCCUUCCUCAGUUUCUUCCCUCGACACUCCAAUCCUUCAAACUCUGAGGCGCUGCUGACACUAUCUCUGCUUCCGAUCUAUGGAUUCAGAGGGGGCACAAAACAAGUCGUGGCUGCCUGAUAUGCAGGAGUUUGUGUUUUCAAUGGACAUGCCGACCGACAGGACAUUGAGGAAGGCUGCUCGCCUACCUUGGGAGCGAGUGGGAAGACAUGAAAGCGAAAGACGAGAAACAGCGAUAUCGGACAGGCAUGGAGGCAAGGGCGGAGAUUCGACCGGGGGUAAUCAUCACCGGUGAAUGACACAAAUGUCAAAAUGAAGUCACUCUGCAUAUUGAAGAGUUGAUCGGACUUCGAGCGUCACCGUUCAGCGCUUGCGAUCCAGGAUCACACCUUCACUGAUCACACUUCGAUGACAUUUGGUGGGUGGAUGGAUUU